CCGAGCAAAUCAAGCUAUUGAAGACCACCCUGACAAGCGGUCCGUAGUCGGUCAUAGGUAUCUGUCAGUUCCCGUAUACUAACCACACCUCUUCUUCAAAUAGUCCACAAGACCAGUAACACGUGUUAGCUGAUGGUAGCCACCGACAUCGUUUGUAAGGAAGUCAGAAUUGUAGAGUGGACUUUGGAGCAAAAUAUGCAGCAAAACUAUGAUUUUUCUAGUUAUUUUAGACCCAGCAUUAUAAUGUUGAAAAUAUUCGGAUUUUGGAGGCCCGAGAGAAAUAUGAAAUUCAAGGGAAUAUACAACUGCUACACGGCACUCUGUUCCUUAAUUUGGAUGGCAUUUUUAUUAUCGCAAAUAAUCUACAUUAUUAAUAAUUGGAAUGAUGUCCAAGAAGUUACAGCUGCUUUAUCCGUAACAGUGACAUUCACCAUUAUCUUGAUACAAAUGAUGUUCUUUUACAAGAACACGAAUUACUUGAAAAUACUAAUAAAAGAAAUGAAUAGACCCCUAUUUCAGGUGAAAUGCCAAAAACAUUAUCAUAUUGCUAAAAAUACCGAAAGGAUGUAUAAAUUAAUGUUUAAAUCUUGUCUUUACUUGUCAGUACUAACUGAUGUCUUAGUUACAGUUGUACCAUUGAUGGGGAAGGAAAAGAAAUCUUCGAUAAAAGGAUGGUUCCCGUACGACUAUACUAAGCCUUUGUACUUUAUUUUAACCUAUAUAUUCCAAAAUUUAGUUUUUAUAUGGAACACAUUCGUAAACUUGAGUAUUUUUAUGAUAAUUUUAGCUUUGUUGAUUCAAGUUGGGCUGCAGUGUGAUCUGCUUUGCUGUACGUUAGAUUCUUUGGACGAUUUCUGUACGAAAGAUAAUGUCCUGUAUGAAAUCGGUUUGGAGGAUAAGUUAAAAUUGAGGAAAGAUAGAGAAAGAUUUUCGGAAGAAAUGACAAAAAAUUUGGUGAUAUGCGUAGAGCUUCAUAGGCAAGUCAUAAGGGUUAUCAAGGAUGUAGAACGAAUUAAUGGAACCGGUAUAUUUAUUCUUUUUGUUGGAGGAGGACUGAUUUUGUGUUCUUCCUUAUUCUCAGUAUCUGUUGUUAAGAUUGGAAGCUUAGAAUUCAUCAUGCUACUAUUUUAUUUAAUCUGCAUGCUUAUCGAACAAUUCUUUUAUUGUUGGUUCGGCAAUGAAAUAAUAUUCAAGAGUUCUUUAAUUCUACAAUCGGCUUUCAAUACACCUUGGGUAAGCUGUAACGUCAAGUUUCAGAAAAUCCUGUUGGUAUUCAUGCUGAAAACUUCUAAACCGAUCAGUAUACUCACUGGAGGACUAUUCACAAUGUCUGUGCCGGUUUUCGUAUCAAUACUGCGAACGACUUACUCUUACUUUACCCUGCUCAAGAAUAUUCAGUAAAACCGUGUGAUUGACUGGAAAUGUAUCUCAUCAAUGUAAAUGUCAACAAAGAAAAACGUAAUUUCAUUUCGACUUAUAGUAGCACGCUUUACUAUCUGCAAAUACUUCACAUUAUUUUACAUUGUUUCAGUGAAUUAACGAGUGCUAAAAUAGACUGAUAUAAUGCAAUUUUAGUUGUAGUUUUAUUGUAUUACUUAAAUAAAUUAG